AUGAUCCCCGAAAAACAAAUUCCUACGAAGGCGUUUGUGGUUGAUGCCCCAAAGUCUCCAUUUGUUCUUCAAGAUGUUGUUUUGGAUGAAGUGCGGGAUCACGAAGUCCUAGUCGAAAUGAAGUAUACCGGGCUCUGCCACACAGACAUUGUUGUUCAACAUGGAGCUGUUCCCGUUGGCGACUACCCUGCCGUGCUUGGUCAUGAGGGCGCAGGCAUUGUGCGCCGCGUCGGUAGCGGCGUCAAAGAUAAGACUCUGAGCGAAGGCGAUCAAGUUUUCCUCAGUUUUACCACCUGUCGUAAAUGCAGGCAAUGCCAGGAAGGUCGGCAUGGAUUUUGUCGUAACUUCACUGAAAUCAACUUUGGCGGUGUUCGUGGUAUAUCCGCUGCAGAUUCCCCCAUUACCUCUACCGAGGGGAAAGCUAUUAGGGGUCAAUUCUUCGGACAGUCCUCUCUGAGCAAGCUUGCUAUUGUUCCGGAAACCUCUAUUGUCAAAUGUCCGGCUGCUUCUGGUAUCACAGAUGCAGAUAUGGCCUCGCUGGCUCCGUUGGGAUGUGGAUAUCUCACGGGUGCAGGCACAGUGCUGAAUAUCCUGAAGCCUAAACCCACUACUCGAUUUGCCGUACUGGGUAUGGGGGCAGUUGGAUUUGCAGCUAUGCUGGCCGCACGGGCACAGGGGGUGGAAACCGUUAUCGCAGUGGAUAUUGUCGAUGCAAAGCUCGAGCUAGCUACUUCUUUGGGUGCCUCGCACACACUGAACACAAAGCAGGUUCCCGAUCUUGCGCAGCGUCUGCAUGAGAUGUUCCCUGAGGGAGUAGACCAGAUAAUUGAUACAACAGGCGUGGUUCCUCUGCUUCAAUCUUCAAUCAAAGCGUUGGGCCACGAGGGGGUGUUGGCCAUUGUGGGUGUUUCCCCGCGCGGAGCAACAUUGAACAUUGAUCCGCUAGAGCUUAUGGUCAACUGCAAGCGCGUCGUUGGUGCCAUCGAAGGGUCUUCGGAUCCAGCCACAUUAUUGCCGCAAUUGAUCAGCUGGUAUAAACAGGGCAAAUUUGCGGUUGACAAACUGGCCACGGUCUACGAUGCGAACUGUCUGAGCCAAGCAUUAGAAGACUUGCAGUCAGGGAAGAUCAUCAAGCCGGUGCUUAAAUGGGGGGAUCUUUCAUAG